AUGGGUCACAACUUUAAAGCUUUAAGACACAACUUUAACCAAUACUUCAAUGUUUUCUACGAUUACUUCCUUAGAGCCAUUUACUGGGGGUCAGUUCCAGCCAUUGUCCUUUAUGGUCUCCUCUCAAAGCCAUACAGCCCCCUUCUUUUAGCUAUGUGGGCUUAACUUACAGGUGCAGAAGAAUAAUAAGACAUGUACGGUAUGCCCCCACAAGGAGGAGCUCCAGGAUACUAUUGA